GGAGGGAAAGCAAUCCGUGCCUAAAACCACAAGCACCUCUAUCCACCUUCUCUUCAAAACCAGCCAAAGUUAACAAGGGAGGGGGAAUGGCUUUCGAAACCUGUUUCCAAAUGAGCACCAUUGCUUCCACAACUACAGCAACUAGUAGAGCCAGAUUUUUGCAUGCCCACCACCCCUUCUCCUACAAGGAAAGGCAUAUUUGGCCGGCAAGCCAUGGAUCAAAGAGAGCUAUUUCAUCCCUCUCAUCAUCGCCGACUCCAUCCACAUCGAUCCCUUCAGUUAAUAACCAUCGUUCCCGUUUUGUCUGUCAAGCUAAAAAUGCAGUAGAUGAAGUAUUGGUGGCCAAUGAUGCGAACUGGGACAACAUGGUCAUUGGAUGUGAGACACCAGUAGUGUUGGUAGAAUUUUGGGCACCUUGGUGUGGUCCAUGCCGAAUGAUCACGCCGGUGAUCGAUGAAUUGGCCAAAGACUAUGCUGGAAAGAUCAUCUGCUGCAAGGUUAACACCGACGAUUGCCCGAACAUUGCAUCUAAGUAUGGGAUUAGGAGCAUCCCAACUGUUCUGCUCUUCAAGAGUGGAGACAAGAAAGAGAGUGUCAUUGGAGCAGUGCCAAAGAACACCUUGUGUGAUAUUAUAGACAAAUAUUUGGAAAUGUGAUUAGGUUCUUAAUUGUAUGGUCAUGUAAGUGUAGACCAUGGUUGUCAUGUUACAUCAUGGCAUUGUAAUUUCAUAAAGUUACUGUCUGCAAGUUUCUCUUCUUGUAUUCUUUUUGAUAUUUCUGAAAUCUACAUUCUCUAAA